CCCUGCUCACUGUUGCUUUAUGCUCUCUCUCUAAGACUUUCUCUCUGUCCUCUUUUCAAUGCUUCACCCUGUAUUAAGUGCCCCCAAGUUUUUGCUAUCGCCAUGAACUUUGCUUUCUCUUCUUCCUGAUGCUUACCCCGAUUAAGCCCCUGCAUUGCUCGUCGAUUUCUCGCGUUCUCUUACUCUUCUCAUUCGAUUCCUUUUGUUCUCUCUCCUCUUCAAAACCAAAUCACAAAUUUAAAUUUUAUUCAGUAGCUCCUCAAAUUCUCACUGAAACCAACCGAUGGUCCUCUUCGAACCGUGCCUCUCAUGGCUUCUAUUCAUCGCUCCUCCAAGACUGUGUGUACCAAAAGGCUAUUAAACCAGGUAAACAGAUCCAUGCCCGCUUGCUCCAAAUGGGCUUUGGGUAUGACCCCAUUUUGGCCACAAAAUUAGUGAAUUUGUAUGCUAUUUAUUGUGAUUCUUUACCUUUUGCCCGCAAACUGUUUGAUAAAAUCCCGAAAAGAAACAUCUUCUUAUGGAAUGUGUUGAUCAGGGGCUAUGCUUGGAAUGGGCCAUUAGAAGAGGCUCUGAACCUCUAUUACGAUUUGCUAAAAUUGGGUUUAAAGCCUGAUAAUUUCACCUUACCAUUUGUACUGAAGGCUUGUUCAGGCCUCACGGCUGUUAAAGCUGGCGAAGAAAUCCAUGAACAUGCUAUCAUGAUUGGUUGGGCCUCCGAUAUAUUCGUCGGAGCUGCCUUGAUAGACAUGUAUGCCAAAUGUGGCAUUGUUCGUAAAUCUAGAGAAGUGUUUGAUAGCAUGCACAAAAGGGAUGUGGUGGUUUGGAAUUCCAUGAUAGCGGCUUAUGGUCAAAAUGGUUACCCCUUGGGAGCCUUAAACCUAUGUCGAGAGAUGGCAGCUAGUGGGGUUCGGAUGGUUACGGUCGCAACACUUGUCACAAUCCUAUCUGCCUCAGCGAGCCAUGGGGCCAUGGGCAUGGGACGUGAGAUCCAUGGCCAUGCAUGGCGCCAUGGGUUUGAUGGCCAAGAUAAGGUGAGAACGGCUCUUAUUGAUAUGUAUGCUAAAUGUGGCUUGGUUAGAGUGGCUCGAAGGCUUUUCGAUGGGUUAUCAGAGAAGAGAGUCAUAUCAUGGAAUGCGAUGAUAGCCGGCUAUGGCAUGCAUGGCCAUGCAUGUGAGGCCAUGGCCAUGUUUGAUGAGAUGAAGAAAUCAGCGGCUGAACCCGACCAUGUAACGUUUGUUGGGGUUUUAUCGGCUUGUAGCCAUGGUGGCAUGAUCAAUGAGGGGCAAGGGAUUUACGAUUCUAUGACUAGGGACUAUGGUAUCGAGCCAAGAGUUGAGCAUUACACUUGCAUGAUCUCUCUCCUCGGCCACUCGGGUCGAUUGCAAGAGGCUACGGAUCUCAUUUUAGGAAUGCCUGUUAAGCCUGAUUCAGGCAUUUGGGGUGCUUUGCUUUCUUCUUGUAAGCUACAUAACAAUGUGGUUUUAGGUGAAUUAGCAUUAGAAAAGCUGAUCGAGCUUGAACCCGAUGAUGCAGGAAACUAUGUUCUUCUGUCUAACUUAUAUGCUCAAACCGGGAAUUGGGAGGGUGUGGCGAAGAUGAGAUUGUUAAUGAAAGAGAAAGGGUUGAAGAAGAGCAUUGCUUGUAGUUGGAUAGAGUUUAAGGGCAAGGUCCAUGCUUUUCUAGCUGGUGAUAUAUCUCACCCCAAGUCUGAUGAGAUCUAUAUGGAGCUUGAAACACUGGGGGGUCUCAUGAAACAGUUAGGUUAUGUUGUGGACACUGGUUCAGUGUUUCAUGAUGUGGAGGACGAUGAGAAGAGUAGCAUGGUUUGUAGUCAUAGUGAGAGAUUGGCAAUUGGGUUCGGGUUGAUCAGCACGGGCCUGGGUUCGAGCCUUUUGGUGACGAAGAAUCUUAGUGUGUGCAAUGACUGUCACACUUGGAUCAAGUUUGUGUCGAAGAUUGCAGAGAGAGAGAUUGUUGUUCGCGAUGUGAACCGUUACCACCAUUUUAAAGAUGGGUCUUGCUCUUGUGGUGAUUAUUGGUGAAUUUUAGAGAGGGAUAUCAGAGUUGGGUUUUGGUGCACUAUGGUGCAGCUGCUGGUGAAUUUUAGAAAAACUGGUGAAAUUCAUAUAGAGAAGCUGAUGUUAUAGAGAUAGGUUUGAUUCUUUGGCGCUCCUCAGACACUGGAAAAGAAGAAACACAUUUAAGAAUGGUAUAUUUUGGGAGAUGGGCUUUUUGCUCAUUACUGGUGAAUUGAGAGAGAGAGACUGAUCUUGGUGAUGGGUUUUGAGUCUCUAUUUCUUAGUGGUGAUUUGAGACGUAACAGGAAUUGUCAAGAGGUUGGCUUUGGAAUUGUGAACUCUUGCGCAUCCGAAUUGGAGUCAUUCAUUUGGGAUUCAUUUGAGGAUGGUUUUGAGAUUCUUACUCCUGCAUUCGAAUUGGAAUCAAUUCAUCCAGAGGAAGAUUUAAAAACAACUUUCUGGAGAAGACAAAGACCAUCUGAUAAAAGUCAAGUGCAGUAUGAGAUACAGUUCAAUCAAGGGAAAUAACAUAUAUCCCUGCCAUGAAACUACAAUCCCAAAUUUAAUAUGAAAUUACAAAUUUAAUAAAGGGUAAUGUCUCUCUCAAGGGAAAUGUCUUUCUCAUAGAGAAUUCUGAUUUCUCAUACCCUGUUAGUAUGAGGCCAAUUGUUAUCUAAAUUCCCAACCAUCUCCACGCAUGAAUAUGUCAAUAAAUCAUUUACAUAUACUGAAAAGAAACAACU